UCAAAGAGAAGCAGUGAAGUGUGAUCUCUGAGCUAAUAAUGGUGCGUUCAAAAUAACUGGGAUCUCGAAAAAAAAAAAACGAGGAUAUAUCAUGACAUCUGUGAUCUUCAGGUCGGAAAGUGGGAGCUCAAGGAAGAGGCCCGAGUCCACAUGUGAAUUUAGAGUUGGAUUACCGUUCAACAUGUUUUCCAGUCGGAGUUACAUUUUUUUCCUAGUUCAGUUGUCUUGAUGUCUCUGAUGUUGGAAGUAGGACACUACCGAGUUGAUUUGAACGCGGCAUAAAAACGGCGUCGCUGUAUCUCUCUAAUGUCAUCAUCUCUUUGGGGCAAGCUAUGGACACUGAAAAGAGCUCCAAUAUGGUGAAGGAGUUUGAGAGUGUGGAGCUGGGAGACAUGCGGAUGAAAAAGCAGAAGGUGCCCCGUAGAACGAUUUACUUUGCCAGUGGCGAAACCAUGGAGGAAUACAGCACAGAUGAAGAUGAGGAAGUGCAAGUUUCCAUCUCUGUUAAGACCUCAGCUGACCCGUCCAAGUUGAAUUGGGGUCCAUACUUUUGGUUUUACAUGUGGAGAGUGGCAACCUCCACUAUUUCAGUUUGUGACUAUCUUGGGGAGAGAAUGGCCUCAUUGUUCGGAAUUACCUCACCCAAGUACCAGUAUGCUAUUGACGAGUACUACAGAAUGAAAAAGGAGGAGGAUGAGGAGGAGGAGGAGAACCGGCUGUCUGAGGAGGCAGAACGUCAUUUUGAAGAAGAGCACAACCAGGAGAUCCAGCAGCCAGCCAUGGAGCAGCCGGAGGGCAAAGCCUCCUUUGUCAACGUCAGCUUCGAGCUGGAUCAAGAUCCCACACCUGAUGCCAACCGAUGUCCUGCCCCCAUCCCCACCUAACAGUUCAAUUAAAUAGGUGUUUCCAUUUUUCUCAUUUCACGAUGUAGCCUCCUCAGCCUUUUUUUGUUGCUAUAACAUAGAAUUCUUAUUUUUAUCAUAUUGAUUUGAUGUAUCCUCAACAUUUUUUUUCUAUAGUGUAGUUUUCUUAUCUUUGCCUAAAUGAUCAUGUUCUAUGUAAGUCACAAAUGUAAAAAAUAAUAAUAUAUAUAUUUUUUUAGUUGCUGCGUUGUAAAUAUGCAUGAACUUUUGUGUGCAAUGAACAUUGCUGUCAGUGACAAUGAAUGAGCACACGGAUGAUAUCUGAUGCUGGUUAGCUAUUUCCAGGUUUAAGAAAUCUCUUUGAUUUAUUUUUUUAGGUACAUAAUAACAUUGUUAUACAGUAAGUUAUUUUCAGCAAGAUAAGUUACCUUUUUCUAAAACCAUUCCAGAUGUGCACAAUGUUAUGGAAUAGUACAGAUUUAUUUGAAUGGAAAAUUAUUUAUAUUCAUGGCCAACCAUGAAAAUCUAUUUUCAUUUCAGGAUGCCCACAAACAUGUUACUGUUAGAAUAUGUCCCCAGGCCUUUAAUGUAAUAACUUCACACGUUGCUCAUUGGCAUCUGUGCAAAGACUUUAGACAUUACUGUUGUCCAGGGCUAUAUAUUUAGAAAUACAGUGAGCUCCAAAGGUAUUGGGACAGUGACCAUUUGUUGUUUUGGCUCUACUCCAGCACUUUGAAUUUUAAAUGAUACAGUGAAACACACACAAAACAGCAAAUGACUCCAACGAGUUUGUAGAGUCAUACGCUUGAUGUAAUCAUUGUGUGCUAAGAAUAUGGGACAAAAAAACUUUUGACAAUUUUGGGCCCCUAAAAUGGGGGGGGAGACCAUCUACAAAAAGUGCUGUCAUUUCUAAACUGGUCAUAUGGAUGAAAAUACCUUCAAAUUAAAGCUGACAGUCUGCAUCAAAAGUGCUGGAGUACAUAGCCAAAACAAAAACGUGUCACUGUUCCAAUACUUUUGGAGCUCACUAUCUCUGCUAGAGCUGACCUUAUCUGCUAUUGUCCCUUCUCAGUGUACAGGGCUUGAGAGGGAUGCCUAUUGUAAAGCCAAACAUGUUAAAAUUGGCUACUCUCUUUUGGAACGCAGUAUUGUCAAGAUAACUACUUUUUACCGUGUGUAAAAUUGCCCAAAGAGUUUGAAAUGCCAAGAGACACUUUUAAGACAGAUGCUAAACUUUAUUUUCCCACUCUACUGUACUAUGUACACACAAGGAAAGAAAAUCUUAAGAGUCCAACAUACUGAAAAACAAAUGUUCUAAUUUAUUAAUGGAAACCGGUUUCAUUUGAAAACUUUUUAUAAUAAUUUGAGUAAAAUAUAGUAUUUUCUAUAUGAACUGUACAUUAAACAUUUAACUGUCUUGCCAAGUC